AUAUCAAUCUAUUUUUAAGGGAUUGAAUUAUGACAAUCCUGAAGCUUCUUUCAGUUUUCUUUCUUCAACUUCUGUGUGUUCAUGUUUUCCUUUUCGACGGGACUAAUGCACAAUCCCUAAGAGUAGGGUUCUACAAUAGCACAUGUCCUUCUUUCGAGGAGAUUGUGAGGAACACAACUGCUAGGUUGAUAUCUCGAGCACCAUCACUUGCUCCUGCAUUGCUGAGAAUGCAUUUUCAUGAUUGUUUUGUUAGGGGAUGUGAUGGAUCUGUAUUAAUAAACUCUACAUCAGGAAACCAGGCCGAGAAGGAUGCAAUCCCUAACCAAAGCCUUAGAGGUUUCCAGGUUAUUGAUGCUGUCAAGACUGCCGUAGAGAAUAUAUGCCCGUCUCUUGUCUCGUGUGCUGAUAUCCUCGCUUUAGUAGCCAGAGAUGCAGUAACAUUGAUGAAUGGACCAUCUUGGCGAGUUCCAUUAGGACGACGAGACGGAAGAGUGUCUAGAUCAUCAGAGGCCUUGGCAAAUUUACCCCCUCCUUCUGCCAACAUCACUCAACUCAAAGCAUCAUUUCGCUCGAAGGGUUUAAGUGAUAGAGAGCUAGCAAUCUUAUCAGGAGGGCAUACCAUCGGUAUUUCUCACUGCUCUAGCAUCUCAAAUCGGCUGUACAACUUUACGGGCCAAGGUGACACAGACCCUUCAUUGGAUCCCAACUACGUUGUACAGUUGAAGAGGAAAUGUAGCCCCACAGACACAACUUCCAUCAUCGAAAUGGAUCCUGGAAGUGCCAGAACAUUCGACACCAGUUACUACACACUUGUAAGGAAAAGAAGAGGAUUAUUUGAGGCCGAUGCAGCACUUCUGAAUGACAAUGCAACACGAAAUUACGUUCUACGGCAGGCAAAUUCAGGUGGAUCAAACUUCUUUAAUGAUUUCGCUGCUUCAAUGGUGAAGAUGGGAAGAAUUGGAGUGAUUACAGGCAAUAGAGGUGAAAUCAGGAGGAUAUGUUCAGCCAUUAAUUAAUAUAACUCUUUUCAAUUAAUUCAUUAUUAUUAAUUAUUAUUUAUUAUAUGUUCUUUAUUUGGUUGAUUGAGUGCGGUUUAAAUAAAUUAUGGCCAUUGUGAAUGUAAUAAAUGAUUUAUUUAUCCUCUGUUCACGUUAUUAGUAGCUACCUUGAAGUUUCAUGUUGGAAAAUUAUUGUUGUGUGCAAGCAGUUCAAUUAUGCAACUGCAAUAUGAGAAAUGUUAUUGUUCCUUUUCUUCC